GUCUGUCUGUAGGGGACAAACCCAGGAAGAACUGGGAUAUAAAAUGGACUAAAAGCCCUUCUGAAACAUCCUCAAUUACCUUCUCAUCCUGCCAGGCUGCAAAAUAACAUCCAUAUUGUGCUACAGAUCUGCCCAUCCUUCCAAGGGACAGGGAAGAGAAAUGGCUUCCCUGGAGCCCGUGACGUUUGAGGAGGUGGCUGAGUAUUUCUCCAAGGAGGAAUGGGCCCUGCUGGACCUCACUCAGAGAGCCCUCUACAAGGAAGUCAUGCAGGAGAGUUAUGAGAUUGUGACCUGGCGGGCAGGAUUUCUAAUUUCCAAACCAGAUGUGAUCUCCCGGCUGGAACGAGAGGAGGAGUCGUGGGUCCAUGGUCUCCAGGGUUAUGAGGAAAGGAGGAUCCCAGGAGACAUCCACAGGGGAGAGGAAUCAGUGAAACUGGCUCCGCUUUUAUAUUCUCAUGGCAGAGUUUGUACCUUGCUUACCCUUUCCCCCGGCACGGGGACUGACUCCUGUCUGGGUUCUCUCUCUGUCCCAGCAGGUGAUGGGAUGGUGAGUGAGAACGAGGAGAAGAAUCCUCAGCAGGAAGAUCCUGAAUCAGAGGAACCACACAGGACAGUACGGGGAACAUCUGAAGGGGGCAUCUCCCCAAGCCCUGAGGAGGGAGAAAACCGUGAGAGGCCGCGUGGGCCAGAGAGGCAGCAGGGAAUCCAGUCAGCAGAGAGAUGGGGUAAAUCCACUCACAGGAGCAAAGGGGUUAGGAAAAUCAAAGAAAUUGUCCAGGCGCGGAUCCCCGCUGGAGACAGACCCUACAAGUGCAGUGCCUGUGGGAAAAGCUUCCACUGGAGAUCAGUCCUUAUUACUCACCAGAGAAUCCACGCUGGCGAGAAGCCCUAUAAAUGCAGUGACUGUGGGAAAAGCUUCAGGGACAGCUCAGCCCUCACUAAAUACCAGAGAACCCACACGGGGGAGAGACCCUACAAAUGCAAUGAGUGUAGGAUAAGCUUCAGUCACCACUCAGCCCUUGUUACUCACCAGAGAAUGCACACAGGAGAGAGACCCUACACGUGUGAUGACUGUGGGAAAAGCUUCCGCUGGAGAUCAUCCCAUAUCACUCACCAGAGAAUCCACACAGGAGAAAAACCUUACAGUUGCCCUGACUGUGAGAAAAGCUUCAGACAGCAUUCAAACCUUAUUAAACGUUCCAGAAUCCACACAGGAGAGAAGCCCUGUAAAUGCCCCGACUGUGGGAAAAGCUUCACUCAGAGCUCCUGCCUUACUGAACAUCAGAGAAUGCACACAGGAGAGAAAUCCUGCGGAAGCCCCAACUGUGGGAAAUGCUUCUGUAACAGCUCAACUGUCAUUAACUAUCAGAGAAUCCACCCAGGAAAGAGGCCCUAUAAAUGCCCCGAUUGUGGUAAAAGCUUCUCUCAAAGCUCCCGCCUUACUGAACAUCGGAGAAUGCACACAGCAGAGAGACCCUAUAGUUGUCCCAACUGUGGGAAACGCUUCUUCGUCAGCUCAACCCUCAUUCACCAUCAGAGAAUCCACACUGGAGAGCGACCCCAUCAGUGUCCCGAGUGUGGGAAAAGCUUUGUUCGGCAAUCACAACUGGUUAUACACCAGAGAAUCCACACAGGAGAGAAGCCCUAUAAAUACAAUGAUUGUGGGAAAAACUUCAGUGACAGAUCAGAUCUCACUAAGCACCAGAGAAAACACACCGGAGAAAAGCCGUUCAAGUGCCCCGAUUGUGGGAAAAGCUACUGUUUCCAAUCAGACCUCACUAAACAUCAGAGAAUCCACACAGGAGAGAAACCCUUCAAUUGCCCCAAAUGUGGGAAAAGCUUCGGUCGGAGAUCUGACCUUAUUAUACACCAGAGAAUCCACACAGGGGAGAGACCUUAUGUAUGCCCCGAGUGUGGAAAAAGCUUCAGUGACAGAUCAGACCUCACUAAGCAUUGGAAAAAACACACAGAAGAAAAGCCCUACAAAUGCCUUGAGUGCGAGAAAAGCUUUGAUUGGCACUCCAAUCUUAUUAUGCAUCAGAGAAUCCACACAGGAGAGAAACCCUACAAUUGCUUGGACUGUGGGAAAAGCUUCAGUCACAGUUCAACCCUCCCUAUGCACCAGAGGAUCCACACGGACGAGAAGCCCUACAAAUGCCCUGGGUGUGGGAAAAGCUUCAGGGAUCAACUCGGCCUUUAUUAUCCCCAACAUCCACAAGUAACAGUUUCUAUCAUCUCCGGUUGGCUAGGAGAUGUCUUAGUGGAUGAAGACCUGGCCUUCUUCAGUCACACCUUUGUCACUGCAUGGCUGGACUACAACAAGGUGAUAUACCUGGGCAUGAACUCAUCAGCGCUUAGGAAAUUCCAGUUUGUCCCAUCCAUGGAGAGACAAGGAAGGGAAAUGGCUGCAGUGGAGCGGGUGGCUUUCGAGGAGGUGGCUGUGUAUUUCACCCAGGGGCAAUGGGAUCUGCUGGACCUGGGUCAGAGAGCCCUCUACAGGGUUAUCAUACACAAGAAUUAUGAGACUGUGACCUCGCUGGGUGAUGGGAUGGUGAGUGGGAACAAGAAGGAGAAUCUUCAGCAGGAAGAUCCUGAGCAAGUGGAACCACAGGGGAUGGUAUUGGGAAGAGGUGAAGGGGACGUUUCCCAGAGUCCUGAGGAGGGAGAAGCCCGUGAGAGCCAAAGCAGGCCAAAGAGGCAGCAGGGAAACCACUCAGAGGAGAGACAGGGAGAACAGCUUCAGUGUGAGCCCAAAGUUUCUAUUACAUCAAAGAACCCACACAGGAGAGAGAGACCCCAUGAGUGCCCCAUGUGUGGGAAAUGUUUUCCCAGUGUGAGCUCCAAUCUUAUUCAACAGCAGAGAAUCCACACGGGAGAGAAACCCUAUAAGUGCCCCAAGUGUGGGAAAAGCUUCAGUCAGAGAUCGACCCUUCUGUCACAUCAGAGAAUGGACACACGAGAGAAACCCUAUAUCUGCCCGAGUGCCUGAGGAAAAGCUUCGAUCACACUGCAUAUCUCACUAGUCACCAGAGAACGCACACGGGGGAGAAACCCUACAAAUGCAGUGAGUGUGGGAAAAGCUUUAGUCAGAGUUCAAACCUUUAUACGCAUCAGAGAAUUCACACGGGAGAGAGACUCUAUAACUGCCCUGAGUCCAGGGAAAGUUUCAGACUGAAGUCAACCCUUGUUACUCACAAGAGAAUCCAGAUGGCUGGGAAAUGGUUUAAAUGCCCUGAAUGUGGGAAAAGCUUCAAUUUCAUCACAUCCCUCAAGAAACAUCAGAGGAUGCACAGUGGAGAGCAACCUUGUAAGUGUCUUGACUGUGGGAAAAGUUUCUGUAGCAGCUCAGCCCUUUGCAAUCACCAGAGAACCCACCUUGAGAAGAGACCCUACAAAUGCAAUGAGUGCAGGAAAAGUUUCAAUCAAAGCUCCAACCUUAUUCACCAUCAGAGAAUCCACACAGGAGAAAGACCCUAUAAUGGCCCCGACUGCGGGGAAAAGCUUCAGUCGGAAAUCAACCCUUAUUAAGCACCAGCAAACUCACACAAAAGAGAUGCUAUAAGUGAGCUGAAUGUGGGAGAGGCUUCAGUGCAAGCUCAAUCCUCAUACACAUCGCAGACUCCACACAGGAAUGUCCUGGCUAGGAAUGGGCCAAGGAAUAACAUCUUUGUUGAGUCCCACAAAUCUCAGAGGGCCAGGCCAGGCUGGAGUAGCCAUGUAACAGGGACCUGCAAGUAUUAUUAAAGCUGAGCAUGAAAUCAUUCUCCUGGAACAGAGCUGUGUAGACUAAGAGGCUAUGAUAAGAUUCCCACCUUAUGAUGAGAUUUGUUUGUUACAUACCAACACCCCACACCCCUCAGCAGACACGCAACCCCACAUACACUUCCCCGUGCACCCGCUAUGCCGGGGUGGCCAACCUGAACCUGAGAAGAAGCCAGAACUUAUCAACGUACAUUGCCAAAAAGCCACAGUAAUAUGUGAUGAUUAUAUAUAUAUACACGCACACGAUCAUUAUAUAAGUUGACAGUGUAGAUUUAUUAUACAUUUAUAAUGUAUAGUUAAUGAUAAUAACAACUUAAUCUUUUACUUAAUGGGAUUUCUGGCAAUCUUUGCUUUCAACAAUCCCCUUGAAGUUUGGUUUGUGUUCAGUUGUGCUCACGGAGCAGUUCUCUUAGGUGGCUGUCUGUCAAAAUGGAUCAGUGCUUGGAUUUCACAUGUUUGAGUGUCAAGAAAACAGACUCACAAAGAUAGAUCGAGGCAAAUAUCAAGAUUAAUUUUAGGGCUGCACCUCUGAUGUUGGGGUAUUUAUCCUUUGGUACAGAUUUUCAGAAAGUUAAGGGUCCCCUCUGUCUUCUGAACAGAUUCCAAUCUGUCAUCUUCCAAAAGUUUCUAUUAUUUCCAUCUGGGAUGUUGCUUCAUCAGUGACUAAAGGGGGUUUCAGACAAUCAGUUUCAGCACUAAAAGGGUCAAUCAGAAAUCUGAUUUGAGGUCUUUUCUGCUGCAAAUCUUGGAGUCUUUCCUCAAAACUGUCCUUAAGAUCUUUAAUCACGCUUGCAUACCUAGUUGUGCUCUGUUUUAGGGGUUCUGCUGCGUCUUUUUUUGUUCUGGCUUGAAGUUGUGACAUUGAGGGAAAGUGUGUCAGCUCUCCCUCAAGCAUUUGUCUGUGAAACAACUGCAGAUGGUUUCGUGAACGCAAAUACGCCUUGCACUAGAUCAGACAGCAACUGGAAUUUUCCUUGUAA